AUGAUAAUUAACACUUUAAUAAUUAUAAUAUUUAUAAUAAAUUUAAUUUUCUUAUUCAUGUUCCACCCGCUAGCUAUAAUUUUUGUUUUAAUUUUGCAAACGAUAUUAAUUUCUAUUAUUAUAUAUAGAAUCACACAAUUUCCCUGGUUUUCAUAUACCUUAAUUCUAGUGUUUUUAGGAGGAAUGUUAAUUCUGUUUACCUAUAUAUCUAAUAUUGCAUCUAACGAGAUAUUUAAACCGAACUUGAAGAUAAUGGCUCCUUUAGUACUAGCUCCUUUAAUUACAAUUUUUAUAAUGAAACCGAAGCAAAGACUAACUCUAGAAACUAAAAUUUCUUCUUCAAACCAAUUUUCUAACUUAAUGGUUUUGAAACCAUUCUCCGAGGCCAUUAUACCGGUUACAUUAUUAAUAGCUUCGUAUAUUAUCCUUACACUUCUCACCGUUGUAAAGAUUAGAAAAAUAUCGCAAGGUCCUCUUCGAAUUGUUUAA